GGGAACUAAAUUCUACAAUUAAGUGAACUUCACAGGAGCGCUGAAAAGACAUACACACAUUAUACCUUCACCCAGACCACUGGAUUCUGUCGUUGGAACGACAGCUGGUCCUUUACGAUUGGAAGAUUAAUGUUAAAGUUUCAGGGACAUAUGCAACUAAUUUAUGCAAAUGCAUCAAAAUGAUCAUAAUGUUUUGUAGCAGUUGUCUAUCACAACAAGUCUCAAUUUUAUGACCUUUAACUUCAUAUUUAUCUCUUUAAAUUAUUUUGAUUUACUGAAAAUUAAAUUACUUUUUUUCUUUCGUUUCAGACUGAUGGAAGUGAAGGAGAAGAAUGAAGAACUGAGAGAAGUGGAGGAGGAACAUCAAGACAAACCUGGAGAAAAACCUUUGAGUCGCUUAAAGACUAAAAAGACAUUUCUAAAGAAAAGAAGAGCCAAGAAAUCUACAACCUGCACUCAGUGUGGAAAGAGUUUCUCAACCAAACAAAAUCUUGAUGUUCACAUGAGAGUUCAUACAGGAGAGAAGCCGUUCACAUGUGAUCAGUGUGGGAAGAGCUUUACACAAAGAGGACAUCUUAAGGAACACAUGAGAGUUCACACUGGAGAGAAGCCGUUCACAUGUGAUCAAUGUGACAAAACAUUUAUUAGAUCAUCAGACCUGAAGUCACACCUGACAGUUCAUACAAAGGAGAAGCCACAUUCAUGUUCUGUGUGUGGAAAGAGUUUUUCACUGCUGUGUAGUUUACAAAAACAUGAGAAAAUUCAUACUGGUGUGAGAGAGUACAUGUGCUUUGAGUGUGAGAAGACUUUUACUACAUGGAGCGAUUUAAAAAAGCACCACAGAAUUCACACUGGAGAAAAACCUUACAAGUGUUCACACUGUGACAAGAGAUUCAAUCAGUCAUCAUAUCUGAAAACACAUGAGAGAAUUCACACUGGAGAGAAACCUUAUAAGUGUUCACAGUGUGACAAGAGAUUCAGUCAGUCAGUAAAUCUGAAAACACAUGAGCGGAUUCACAGCAGAGAGAAGCUGCACACCUGUGAUCAGUGUGGAAAAAGUUUCACUAUUAAAAGUCACCUGAAGCUGCACAUGAAGAUCCAUGCAGUGGAGAAACCACAUCACCACAGUCUGAAAUGAAGUAGUUAAUUUUUAUGUGCUAAACAAAAAAAAUCUCUUCUGUGUAAGUUAGCCACAGCCAAAUCUCUUCUCUCCAGCUAUAGUUGGCGCCAUGGGCGACAAGUUUUAUUUAUUUUAUUUUUUUUUGCAGUUAGAAAACGUCUUUUUGUACCUGCAUCAGCAAAUUAUUCACAAAAAUUUUAAGCAAACAAGUUUAACCCUUUAACGACCCAGUGGUCCGCUGGUGGGACGAUAGAAGUUGUUUUUUUUAAAUGAAGAGUAUGCCAUCUAACUAAUCUUUUAUUAUGCUCGCAGUGCGUCGGUUACUGUAAAUGAAUUGCAAUAUUAAUUUAAUAAUAAAAGUAGCACAAUAAUAACAAUAAUUUAACAGCCCUAUAUGCCCAUCCGCUAUACCCCAUUGUGAAGGGAUAAACGGUGUUCAGGCACGGCAUCAAAGCGAUUACCUGUUUAAUCCAAAUCCACAUGUGUGGGCUGUUUAAUAUUCAGUACUGCAAUGUCUCUCCAGUCACAUGAUGUUUCUCAUGUGUUUUCAGUUGGCACAACAAAGAAACGUUUACUAGACUGUGGACUAGCUUUGCUCUAUGAACAGUGGCAGCCUGCAGCUGAAUUUUUGUGAUCACUGAAGCCCUGGGUAUACUUCGGCAGUUUCAUGAUUGACGUUCAUAAUUUUCGUCGUGUGGCAGGCUUGUGGCCAGCCGCACACCCCGUCCGCAUGCAGCCCAAAUUUCGAGACCGCGCAGAUGGUGCACAUGCAACAGCACAUGCGCAAGCAAGACGGAAGAGUCCACUAGGUGGCAAUACGCACAGUACUGAGCACAAUGUACAGUCGUCAAAGAAGAGUGUAAAAAGUGAUUCAAAAACAAGACAAAUAAACUCAGAGGCAUGCUUUCCCCAUCAUUUUUAAUUCCUGUUCUCUUGGUGUAUCUUCUGAACUAUGUUGCAAUGGUGGAUGCACGGACACGACUGCACGCGAGACACAUCCAGGCGCGGAAAGUGAAGUAUAGCCGGGGCUUGAUGGUGUGCUGUCUUUCCGCACUUACGGUCAAAGAAUUAUCUGAACUGUGCGCGAGAUGGAGCAGAACGUGGGAAAUGACAUAUACCCGGGCCUUAACCACUCCAAAUUGUAGUGGACUGGAGCUGACGGCUCACUUUGGGAAAAAUACCCCCCCAAUGUCCUCCAUGUUAUUAUGUCUUGACAUGUAGUUUAACUGUUGCUGGUUGAUGCGAGAGGCAUUUUGGGAUACCUUGCUGUCUCAAGUCUCCUCUCGAUGCAUCCUCGAUAAAAGUCGGAUCAAGAACACAUCCGGGGAUUUGAACUGUACUUGGCUAGAUGUGAACUUUGAAUUGGAUCAGUACUCGGGCAGCAACUGAUGAUCUAGUUGACUCGAUCUCUGCUGAUACUUCAGGGCUGUGUUGUGGUCGUGUCAAGGUGCAGGUCCUCGAUCUCACCUGAAAACAGCCCGGAUCUGGUUGACUACAGUAAACCUCGGGAUAAACAGAGAGACUAAUAUUAGUGUAGAUGCCAUUCUUCUUCUGAUGUAACGAGUACAUCUGGUGUUAUAGGAAGUGUUCCCAGUUCCGGCUGACCUAAUCUAUGCAGCCUAA